GACAUGCUUGCGCUUCUUGAGGAAUGCAUUUUCGAGUUCUGGGGGCCAAACGUAGUUGGCGAAGUCUGCUUAACAUCGGCAUUUGCGCCCCAGAUUCCCGAUUUUCACCAAAGUUGCAGCACGGAUUUUCUAUUUUCAGUGCGCUUGGGCGAGCAGCAUCGAAAUCAUGCCGAUACAAGCGAUGGUCUGCAUCUGCCAAAGUGUUGGUUCGGAUCUCGCUGGGAUGAGGCGUCUUCUUACUGGUGGCAGUUACGGGCGCUUGAAGAUCACGAUGCGUUACACGCCUGCUUCCAAAACAAUGCAGGGGUCAUAGUUGAUGCUUGCACGCCAGCUUCGCAGCCCGCAGAGCCUGGACAUGUGGCGGCGAAGUCUUUCCAGUUCGAAGAAAGCACGCGGCGGUCUGAAAUGGAGAGCGAAUCCACACGGCGAAUCCAAAGUAUGAUGUAUAUUCCUCUCCAUGGACAUGGCGGUUGCAUUGGAGUUCUGUGUCUUGCAUCCUACAACGCGUUGGAUUUCACAGAGGCCAUACGGGAAACCUUCCUAAACAUCGCCCAAAUCACCGGAAGCCAUUUACAAGUGCUGCAGAUGCAAUACCUUCUUGCCAAAGAACGUGAAGUCAUUGAAUUGGAUCGCGCCCGUCACAAGCAACUUGCAACAGAUUAUCGUUCGCUGUUGAAUGACAUGGUCCCACCCCACAUUGUUGACAAACUGAGCCGUGCUCACAGCUUGAGGACGUCUGACCUUGUUUGGAGACAUCAUUGCAACAACAUGGUGCCUCCGACUCAUCAGGAUUCCUCACCAUCUGAUGUGCAAAGUCGCCUGGGGAGCCUUGUGUAUGCCAAGCAGCAUGACAUGGUGGUCAUACUGUUUACCGACAUCAAGGGCUUCACCUGCAUGAGUGAACACGUACACCCAGCCGAAACCAUGCUCAUGCUUGACGAUUUGUUUGGUAAGUUUGAUGACAUCAUUGAUGCUCAUUCUGACGUUGCAUAUAAAGUGGAGACAAUCGGCGAUGCAUACAUGGUUGCUUUCGGGCUCUUUGGCAACAAUGGAGGAGCGGCCGAGCUGGGUGUAUCAGCGAUCACAGUAGCGGCCGAGAUGAUCGAAGCCUCGCAACAGGUGCCUAUGCCAGGCAGCUCGGUGGGACGCAAGGUGGAAAUCCGUGCAGGGUUGCACAUCGGGUGUAUCAUGAGUGGCGUGAUCGGGAAGAAAAUUCCGCAUUAUUGCAUGUUUGGUGACACCGUAAACACCGCAAGCCGCAUGGAAUCGUCUGGCUUGCCAAGCAAAAUUCACGUGUCGCAGGCAGUGAUGGAAGCCUGCAGAGCGAGCGCUCAUUUUCGCUUCACUUCUGCAGGAGUCAAAAGUAUCAAAGGCAAGGGGCCUAUGAACACUUUCCUCGUGGAUCCUCAAGAAGUGUUGGGCUGGAACGCCGGGAAUCCACGUGUGUGCCAAAUGCCGCCGCAUGUGCCAAAUAUCUUAGCCCUUGUGCAAGGCAAGCCGUUGAACAACAUGUUCAGCUGGAUCUUGUCAGGGCUACGUAGGCUCUGGCCUUCGUGUUUACAGCUCUUCCGAGUCAUGGCACCUCGUGUUUGA